GGUGCCAGUCGCUGGAGGAGUAAAGAUGGCGGCGCGGGGGCCUCCGCCUUCAUUUCCCGGCUGAACCCCUCCGAGGGAGGCGGCGGCGGCCACACCAGGCUACCAGAUAUUCUGGUGGUGGUGGUUUGGGCAGCAGCUGCGGGGGCUCGAGCCAUGGCGGAGCUGGAGCACCUGGGAGGGAAGCGGGCAGAGUCGGCGCGAGCGCGGCGGGCUGAGCAGCUGCGGCGCUGGCGGGGCUCGCUGACAGAACAGGAGUCCGCGGAGCGACAAGGCACGGGGCGGCAGACCAGACGCGGGAGCCCCCGGGUCCGCUUCGAGGAUGGUGCGGUCUUUCUGGCGGCCUGCUCCAGCGGGGACACGGACGAGGUGAAAAAGCUUCUGGCGAGAGGUGCGGACAUCAACACGGUCAACGUGGACGGUUUGACAGCCCUGCACCAGGCCUGUAUUGAUGAAAAUUUGGACAUGGUGAAGUUUCUAGUGGAGAACAGAGCCAAUGUAAACCAUCAAGACAACGAGGGCUGGACUCCCCUUCAUGCAGCAGCUUCCUGUGGUUACCUCAACAUAGCGGAGUAUUUUAUUAGCCAUGGAGCCAGUGUGGGUAUUGUGAACAGCGAGGGUGAAGUUCCUUCUGACCUUGCAGAAGAGCCAGCCAUGAAAGACCUUCUUCUGGAACAAGUAAAGAAGCAAGGCGUUGACCUGGAGCAGUCAAGAAAGGAGGAAGAGCAGCAGAUGCUGCAGGACGCCCGCCAGUGGCUCAACAGUGGGAAAAUAGAAGACGUGAGGCAGGCUCGCUCCGGGGCCACAGCCCUGCAUGUCGCUGCUGCCAAGGGCUACUCUGAAGUCCUCAGACUUUUAAUUCAGGCUGGCUAUGAGCUCAAUGUCCAGGACCAUGAUGGCUGGACUCCUCUUCAUGCUGCCGCACACUGGGGAGUGAAAGAGGCCUGUUCCAUCCUGGCAGAAGCUCUCUGUGACAUGGAUAUCCGGAACAAACUGGGCCAGACGCCAUUUGAUGUGGCUGAUGAAGGUCUUGUGGAGCACUUGGAGAUGCUUCAGAAGAAGCAAACUGUGCUUCGAAGUGAAAAGGAGACACGGAAUAAGCUCAUCGAGUCAGACCUGAACCGCAAGUUUCAGAGUGGACUCUUUAAGAACAAGGAGAAGAUGCUUUAUGAGGAAGAGAGCCCCAAGUCCCAAGAAACAGAGGAAGAAAACAAGGACUCGAGCAGCUCCAGCUCAGAGGAAGAGGAAGGAGAAGAUGAAGUUUCUGAAUCAGAAACUGAGAAGGAGGCAGAUAAAAAGCCAGAAGCCACUGUCAGCCAUUCCAACUCUGAAAGCAAGAGUCGUAUCAUGGAGCAGAUCCCAGCCCCAGCUCAGAACACCUUCUCUGCCUCUUCUGCUAGGAGACUGUCCAGUCUUUUCAACAAGGCAGAAGAGCCCAAAGACGAAUCUCCUUCUUCGUGGAGACUGGGACUCAGAAAAACUGGCAGUCACAAUAUGCUGAGCGAAGUGGCCAACUCCAGGGAAGCCUUUCGGGAUCGAGGCUCCUCCAUCUACCGAUCCUCAUCAAGCCCUCGGAUCUCAGCUUUGCUGGACGACAAAGACAAGGAUAGAGAAAACAAAAGCUAUUUUAGUACGCUGGCACCCCGGAGGCUCAGCAGCACAAGUGACGUUGAAGAAAAGGAGAACAGGGAGUCAGCUGCUAACCUAGUGAGGAGUGGCUCCUACACCAGGCAGCCGUGGAGGGAUGAAGCAAAGGGAAGUGAAACCCCCCAGACAACUGCUCCCUCCACUUAUGUGUCAACUUACCUGAAAAGGACGCCUUACAGAUCCCAGGCUGACUCGGCAGCAGAGAAAACAACAGACGAUGUCUCUUCGAGUACUCCUCUGUGUGUGAUCACCAAUCGCCCUGCACCCAGCACUGCCAAUGGGGUUCCGCCUGCCACACUGUUCCCCUCCACUGCAACAGACUCCUCUCUGGAAGCCCGGGAGAAGAGGAGGUCGUAUCUGACUCCUGUACGGGAUGAGGAGGCAGAGUCGUUACGGAAAGCGCGCUCCAGACAAGCUCGGCAGACGCGACGGUCUACCCAGGGUGUUACCCUAACAGACCUUCAAGAAGCAGAAAAGACUUUCAGCAGGUCGAGGGCAGAGAGGCAAGCCCAGGAGCAGCCUGGUGAGAAGCUUGAAGACCCUGGGGGGCUUGAAGGGAGUGCCAAGAAGCAGGAGCCAUCGGCUGCACCGACAAAGGACACUGGAGAGGGCCAGCAACCUUGGGGCCGGGGUCUGGAGGAAGAGCCUAUCUAUCAUCGCCUAAGGUGUGCAACUGAACCAGACAAACCCACAACACCGGUGUCUCCUUCUGCAUCAAGACCCUUACUCUACACUAGUUCUCAUCUACUCCGGACAAGUAGAGCUUCAGACCGUGAUUCUGAGAAUUCAGAGACCACCUCAGACACCACAGCUACAAAGGAAAUGGACAAGAAUGAGAAAGAAGGAGCUGAUGUGGAUGAUCAGUCCUCUAACAGGCUGUCUAUCCGAGAGAGGAGGCGACCUAAGGACAGGCGAAGAGGCACAGGCAUUAACUUCUGGACAAAUGACGAGGAUGAAACAGAGGUCUCUGAAGAGGUCAAAGAAACAUGGCAUGAAAGACUUUCUAGGUUGGAGUCAGGAGGCAGUAACCCAACCAGCAGCGAUUCUUACAGUGACCGAGCCUCAGCAAGAGCCCGUCGGGAGGCCCGGGAGGCUCGCCUCGCCAGCCUGACCAGCCGGGUAGAAGAGGACAGCAACAGGGAUUAUAAAAAACUCUACGAGAGUGCCCUGACUGAAAACCAGAAACUGAAGACAAAACUUCAGGAGGCCCAGCUAGAGCUAGCCGAUAUCAAAUCCAAGCUUGAGAAGAUGGCUCAGCAGAAACAGGAGAAGACCUCUGACCGGUCGUCGGUGCUGGAGAUGGAGAAACGGGAGAGGAGAGCAUUGGAACGGAAGAUGUCGGAAAUGGAAGAAGAGAUGAAGAACCUUCACCAGCUAAAACAGAUUCAAACCUUGAAGCAGAUGAACGAGCAACUGCAGGCUGAGAACAGGGCCCUGACCCGAGUGGUGGCCAGACUCUCCAAGUCCAUCGAGUCCUCGGACACCCAGGCGCUCUAGCUAUGGCCUCCCUCUCCACCUCACUUCCCUCCUCCACUUCUCCAGGUGUUAACAGAGCUGAAGUCCGACAACCAGAGGCUGAAAGACGAAAAUGGUGCCCUGAUCAGAGUCAUCAGCAAACUGUCCAAAUAGAGGAGGUCAGAUCUGGAGGAGGGGACACAUUGCUGCCCACCCUUCCUUCCCAGCUCCUCCCUUCUGGUCCUCGUCGGUCACCUCCUCUGCACUCUGCACUGUACAUUUCUCUGCACUCUGUGUCCCAUUGCCCCCGCACCUCUAUCCCAAGUUUCUGACAGUUUUAACUGAAGCAUGAUUGUGACCAUUUCAAGCAGUCUGGAGAAAGCUUUGGGGGCUUCACUAAGCUCAGCUGUGGACCCCCAACUUUCUGCUGCUUUGUCCACAUUGGUUUCGGUACAAAAUGUAAGGCUUUGACCCAUAGCCUUUACACUGACCCGCUGUCCUUUGAUAUAGGUGAGUCUUGUGGUGGCCCCCCCAGGAUCCUUUUUGGGGUGCCAGGAGAGAGGACAGAGUGUGGAGUUGCUCUCUGGACUGCCUCUGGAGCUGUUGUGUAGAGUCCAAGGUGAUUGUGACUCUGAUAUUCACCUCUCAGGGACUGACUUGUUUUAACUUUUCUAUCAAUAAGCUAGAACUGCCCUGGCUAGUCUGAACCCCAUUUCCCCCUUCCUACACGGCUUAGAUGGCCCCGGACUCUCUUGCUCCUUUUCUUUCUGUCUCUUUAUGAUUUCUCCACCCAGCCUGAUGGCAUAAAGCUGAAACAGAGCUCCUGACCUCAGCUGUUUUGGCCCAUUGUGGAAAAUCAUCACUGCUGCCUUGGACCCAUGACCCCUGUCCCAGCAAAGCUGGAGGAUGGCUGAAGGGUCAGCCCGUAGUUCACAUCUCCCACUUGUCUGCUCACAAAGUGAUUUUCUGGACUCUUCAAGUCAGACAUAGUAGUAUACACCUAUAAUCCCAGCACUCAGGAAGCUGAGGCAGGAGGAUCAGAAUUUGAGGCCAGCUACAUAGCAAGACCCUCUCAAGAAGAAGGAAGUGUGGCUUCUGAAGACUUGAGUUGGCCUGGCUUCCUGUGGCUUUGUUUCCUUGUCCACUUGUGCACAUGCUCCUCAUGAGGAACGAGUUGUUCAAGGAGGCCUGGAGGAGAGUGAGGGGGGAGCCAGACUAGGGAUGGAAACGGGCUGGAGAGCAUGUAAGGACACUUGGAACGCUGGGCUUAGGCUGUGAGGUGGCAGCAGUCACAUUUGGGGAGAGAGAGCGAGCCCUUCCUGGAAGCGGACAGGAGAAAUGACUGCUGGGGAGAGACAAAGAGGCCGACGUGCAUCCAGCCCCUCAGACUCUUUAAGAGUAGCAAGGCUCGUACAUCUGGCCCAGCUGCCUUGUGUUUCUGGGACCCCCUCUGCUACCAUAGCUUGGACCUGUGGUCAGCCUUUGGUGGCUGUGCAUUUAUUACUUGAAGGGUGGCCCUCUCUAAUAACCAGAGUUUUUAUAACAGAAGCUGAGGUCUCCUGCUCCCUGCCUGCCCAGCACAUUAAAUAUGGAUGGGUGGUGGUCUCUACUUCUCUAGUCCCUUCAGUCCUCCUCAGAUGUCAUGAUUUUGAUGCUUGUCACAUCUUGACUACCAUCCCCUAGAAUCUAGGCACAAGCAGCCCUUUAGAUUACCGUGUCUCAGUCUUUAGAGUAUCCCAUGAUUCCAGCACAUAGUUAAAGAACUAGUUCUCAUCGAUGACCCAGUGUUGAUGGGGAUAAUGCUUGAUUUCCGUAGGCAUUUUGUCCUUUGGAUCACAUUAAAGGACAGGUCCUUAAAACCUCAUUAUCUUGGGGUUGCCAGUGAUGCGGACCAUUCUAACACUACCUCUGUUAUUUUCUUUCAUGAGGACAGCACUGUCCUUUUCUGUGGCCCUUGCAGACUUCACGUGCUCUUAAACAGAAGUUGUCAUUCAGGGUCCCAGUUACAGAAGAGGACCAUGCUCACUCUGACACACUUGGAGCACAUACAAGAUUCUCUUUUCCAUUUCAACCCACUCUAUUAUGGAGCACUGAGCCCAGGUCUUAGAGAGGACUGAGCCACAGUGAGAAGGACCUGUCUUCUGUAUAGGAAGCAUUCUCUUCUUGCCGGGAAAUGUCAACAAAGUGUUAGCCAACUGAUUGUCCUGGAGUGGCUAGGAUACUGGGGAUUGCUGCCUUGUCCUUAAGAAAAGAAAAUGAGAUGUUAGGAAAACAUUGUGAGUUUCUUCCAUUCGUAGACCAGGAAAAGGUAUUGCAGAGUUCUAUGCCUGUGGGACUUUUGAAGUGUCAGGACAGGUUCUCAAAACUCACAAACUGGCAUUAAUGCCUGCUGCUGUACGUGGCUUUCCAUGUUAAGACGCCACCUCUUGCCAGGAAGGCAAGUUAUUUAUAAGCUUUUCAGUCUCAGGAGUACUGGACUCUGUAGCCAAGAACUUACCAUAGUACAAGUGAUCAUAGGUAAUUCCAGGCACUUCUUUUUAGGCCACUAAUUUUAUUAGUGAAUCUGUUCUCUUCAAAAUGACAUUGACUGAAAGCCCCCAUGAAAGACACAGGCCCUCUGGUGGCCAGCCGGACUCUCGGUGCUGGUCUCUUUCCUCUGUUGCUUGCCAGUUUCACACUGGAGGUCUCCCCGUGGUAGCUUCCUGUGAGUAGUCUCACAGCUGGAGCGUGAGGACCACUGCAAGCAGGUAGCCAUACAGGAUUCAGCCCUGUCACAGACCGCGCUGCCUGGGAAGUUCAGAUGGGGACAGGAAUGUUCUCACUACACAUCACACUCUAUGUUCUCAUCCACUUGACAGCUUUGGAGUAACGACUGGGCCAGUCCAGAGAUUCUGGGGCUCCUGAGCCCUUCCAGACAGCACCGGGAAGUGCUGGCUCCCAGUCCCCGUCUCGAGGGGAAGAGUGAAGCACAUUUAAGGUGUUGUCUCCAAAGAAUCUAAAGAACAGAUCGAUCCCGGGCCCACUCAGUCCACUGAGUGCUCAGCUGGGCUGUUCUCAUUUCCUAGACCCUCCUGGCUCUGUCCAACAGUGGGGUGGGGCAUGUUCUCACCCCGCUUUCCCUGCUUCCGUCCCAGUCCUCAGCCCUCUAGACGCAAGCCUUGUUGGAUGAGGUGGCUUCUGCCCAGGAAGUACAGGAGUGGAGUCUAUGGGCCUACGAAAGAGUACAUAAACCAGAAAUGAAGGAGGAACCCUCCAAGUCAGGCCCUUGGCAGCCAUUCCUAGCAGAGACAACUGUCUCCACCCAGUAUUCAGUACUGACAGUGCUGGCACUUGUUAGGAGGUGAGGCCUCGGUGACCAGAAGCCUGGGGAAGAGAGGUCUCUAGAAAACAUCUGUCAGCUGCUUCCGGACUGUCCUCCCUCAGGAUGGGGAGGCUCUAGUCCAUGGUCCCAUGCCUUUUCAGAAGUGGGCCCUGCCCGGAUCCAUGCCUAGUUAUAGGUACAUCUCGGUUGCCCUUCUGUUCUGAAGGUAGGUGCAAACCCUCAAAUAGUAUAGUUCCCUCAACCCAGGACGUGAGGCAGGUUUGAGGGCAGGACAAGGUGCACAGAGCUGAGCUACAGGGAGUCCAGGGUCAUCUUAAUUUAGCUGUAACCCUUGGGCAAGAUAAUCUUUUAGGGUCCCAUUGAGCUUAAAAUUCUGUGAUUUAUUCAUUUCUAGAAAAAUGAGAACAUUUUUUUGAUGCUUAGAUUUCUGCUUUUUUUCAAAUUUUCAAGAUCAGUCUUGUUUUCUUCCCAAAUUCAAGCUGUUUAAGAUCAGGAUGCCAAGGCUGACCCCUCCUCCCUGUUGGAAAGAGAAUUUAAUGCUGAGAGCAAUUGAAUCAUGUUGUGAUUGCUUUUCCUCCUGGUGGUGAGGUAAAGAUGUUCCCAACCUGAAGAGGUGGCGAUUGGAGCUGGUGGGGGAUGGAUAGAGCAGUGUGUCGCUAGGGAACCAGCUGCGGCUUGGAGGCCGCUCGGCCACCUCUCCCAGAGGUGACCAGCACUGCUUCUUGGUACCCAGGCAGCAGACUCAACUGCGAUUGUGCUUGGCACCAGCUGGUGUCUAGUUUUGAACUCUGCCUUGAGCAGCAAGUGUUCUGUAGUGAAGACCACAGCUGUUACUUCAGCUGAGGUCUCAGAAGUGGCAGCUGAGGUCUCAGAAGUGGGACGCUCUGGAGCUGUCCGGGGUGGUCUUUCACAAGAGAUGCUACACUGCGUUUGUAGCUGUUUACAGAAGCCACAAACCACAUGGCAUCGAAUGGUGCCCUGCCCUGGCCAGACUCCUGCAGUCAGGGCUGGAGGUGAGGAAGGGGCCAAACCCGGGAAGUGGGUGCCUGCAUGCUACAAGGGUAAAGGGGAGGCAGCGUCUUUGAAUGUGGAACAGGGUGGAGAUUGUAAGCAGUGGGAGAAAGGAAGGCAGAUUUCUGCACCUGGAAGUGCGUUCUGUCUCAUGAGUUCAUCCCUCAGCUCCAGCUGAGGCUGAGUGGAGAUUUUAAUCAGCCUUCCUAAUGGGUAUUGACACUGCUCAGAGCAGUCGACUCUGUCAGGGACAACUAUUGAUUGCUUGUGUUCUGAUUAGAUGGGAAAAAUAGAUCAACUUCAUUAUCGCCCAGAAGCUGCCACUGUCACAGCUACAAAGGAACGAAGUGGUCUCUGAGGGCUGAGGAAAAACAACUGGACUCCCAACAAACCAGAGGGCAGCCGGAAGGUGUAUCCAUGGCUCCUUGAGAGCUGGGGUUAAGGGUCACAGUUGUCCUGAGGUGUGCCUUGCAGCCCAGUACCUAGACGCCCACUGGCUAGGUAGAUGGUGGAGGAGGGAACUUGGAAAGCCCAUGGCUUUACUGACGUGUGUUCUGGCCUUACCUCAGAAGACUUGGCAAUGUGAGGGUCUCUUCCAGUCUGGGGACACACACACACACACACACUUGCCAGGCUGGAGCUUUCAAAAAGAGGUCUGGCAUUUUCUUGAUUAGAAAUGAGAACUCAGAAAGCAAUUUUAGCCAAGUGUACUCUGUCUAUUUUCCUCUUCCUACACCACUUCCCAAAGGACUUCUCUCUCCCAGCUUGGGAAUCUGCCAGAAUGACAUUUUGUUAUUUCUCCUCUAAAUUUUCCCCUACUGCUUCCAAUAAAAAUGUACUUGGGUGGCCCCUGAGGUGUCAAGAUGGUGGUGCAGGUCCUUCCAAAUAAGGACCCUUCCCCUCCUGCCCUCCCCUCCGCCACACUCCUUAGGCCUCGCUUCUACGCUUGGACUCCAUGGUGCUUAAGGGAAGAGGUUUCCCAUUUAUCAGCCAAGAGGCCUGGAGGAUUUUCAAACGCCUGUCUCCUCUCCCCUCCCUCCCCCCCCGCCACCGACCCAUCCAGCCCCAUUGCACUUUAAAAGCCCCUCCGAGACAAGGCUUGGUUUAUGGGUCUGGAUGAUUCCCGUCGCAGGACUGACUGUGUCUGAGACACUCAUUCCGUCUUUUCCUGAGGAUGUGAUUGGUCCCCACGUGUAAGGCAGAAGUGUCUCCCCAGCACAGGCUGGACUAGUUUGUAGUGACAGCCGCUCAGCCGGGCGGGAGAGAAGAUCCAGAAAAGGCUGGACCCUGAGAGUCCUAAGAGCCUGAGGCCUUGGGCAUGCUCUUGUGCCCAGAGCUGGGAUCAGAGUGGCAUCCUGAACAAGGGACACUCAGGGCCAGCAGCACCAAGUCAUGUGUCUGUGCUGUUCUCAACCCUGCUCUCCUGAGACCUCCCGCGGACUCCAGCUUAUCCUAGGAUGGGAGUGCGAAGUGACUGUAGGUAGAGGCACUGGAGUGGGUACAGGAGAAAGAAUUCCGAGACUGCGCCCGUCCAACACGCCCACCUUACCAGUCAUCAUCCCUUGAGCCCUCAAUAACAGGUCGGGCCUCCUCCUGGCCUGACCUUAGCACAGCCGAGAUUUCCCUGAAGAGGGAGUGAUGUGCGGCAGCCUCUCCCCACUGCAGGGACAUGUGGUUCAGAGCCUGGCUUUGGCUUCGGUUUCCCUCUUCCCUGAGUCCUUUCCCUGAUCCUGAUCACCACUUGAGCGCUAGCAUUUUGUAUUUCCUCUCUCCGCCCUUCCCCCACGCUUCACGCACCCAGUGGAGCUGUUUUCCAGCUGAGUUGUGUGGAUUAACUUCAGUCAACUGUAAAUACACCUGGAGGAGGCUCCUGAGGCAGGGGAAGCCAGACUGGCUUUGUGAACUGAAUGUAUUUUUAUGCAACUUUGAGUGGCCUUUCAACCCUGAGAUGGAUGGAUUUGCUUUACUGGUUGUUAUUAUAUGGUAUUAAGUGUUCUGUGUUUGAAAGUUUGGGAAUAAUAUUCACAUCUAUGAUGCCUGUAAACACAUCAGUAUUUAUAAAUGAGCAAAUAAAACUGUGUUUUAACUUUG